CACUUCAUUAUUGUCUGGGUUUAUUCAAACAUAGCUCAUAUUCUUAACAAUCCACAGCAUUCCCGAUGCACGCCACACUAAAUAAGCUUUUAACAAAAUAUUUAAGUUGUAGGAUGACACUGAAUAUGUUUAUUUAGGAUUGGACUAUUUCAAUAUAGUCGUCAAAGAUCAAAAUUAUUGGGGAAAAACAAAAAAAUAAAAUGAAAAAUGAAGUGAGUGCAAAUCUUUAAAAAAUGUAUAUAAUUUGUCAUAAUAUUUGGCACAAUAUUUGUCUUUUAGUACCUCACUAGUGCCCCCUAUUCUCCAGCAGAGUGCAUCUGUUUCUGGACUUUGUUGACAUUGUUAACAAUGUAUGCUCGGGCAAGUUUACUAAAAUACACUUACCUUUCAGACCUGGUUGUUUACAACUGUAAACAUGUGGAAGACCAUCAAUUACUUGGUCGCUCUACUGUCCUAAAUCUGCCGAAAGAGUGUCCUGAUUGGACCUGGUCUUUGUUGGCAGGUGUAGCCUCAUGCCUGGUCUUCAGUUUGGUAGUAUGAAAUAUGAUCACAUGGUCUGAUAACAUUCCAAUCUAAAGGACUAGAUCUGUUGCAGUGCCUUCUGAGCAAGUGCGCACACACUCAUGCGCGCGCACGCACACACACCAAAGUCUCAAUUGCUGUGGGAUAUGUACAGUUGAGGCAGGUUCUGUUCAGCAAACAAAGUGACAGCUCAUAUGGUGCAUUUAUAUCGCUACUGUUUCUGCUGUAUUCUCCGAUCGCCAUUUAACUUAUGAGCAGUUUGUUCUAUUUUUCAAAGAAAACAAUGGAAUUGCCCUGCUUGUGAUAAGUGAUUACAAGUACACAGUCGGGGGAUCAUGAACAUUUAAGGCUGCCCGAUCAUUUAAAUAAACCCUCAGGUUACAGUGAACUGUGUGAAACCACAAUAUCAACUGCUGAGACGACUUUAACAACAACAACAACAACAACAAAAGGUGAUACGACUCUUCUGUCUAUAAUAAUAAUCUACACUGACCUGGCUAGUUGAAAAGUCAACCUUUGAUAUUUGGUUUUGCUUUGUUUUUUUUGUGAUGCACUUGUCAUGUUUGUUUAUAUGUCUGCAUAUGUGUUUUUCCUUUAGUCAUAAUGAGUAGUAGCAGACGGUAACAAAGUCAAUGUACAUUUUUGGUCUACCUGUGUGUGACUUUCUGCUUCCACUACUACUCUGUUGUCUGCUCUGAGGAUGUCGCGGUACAGUUUGCACUCUGACAUUGCUGAGUUUCCAGAGAGGAAGUGUGCUUCAGUUUGAAUAUAUCAGGUGCAGCAGAGAAGUAUGUGAGGGUCGUGCCGAACGUGUAUGAAGACGAGACUGGUUGUAGGGAGGAUUUCCCAUGGACUAUGAUGUUUGUUGCUGAUAUAGUGAUCUGUUGUCAGAUGAAUUUCGAGGCUCUGGUCGUCACAGUCGGGGUUCUGGGUGGCAUCAUCAUUCUCAGCUUCCUGGUGUGCUGCUGCUACUGCUGCUGCUGUCGAAGGCGUCAGUCCAGACCCGACUAUGAAGAGGAGUUCUAUGCCAGGAGGAGAGAGGAAAUGAGGCAGCGUGCCGAUGACCGUAAAUUUGAGCGAAUGGCUCGACACGAGGACAUCCGCCGGAAGUACGGUCUGAUGGGAGACUCGGACCACCCGUACAGCAAGUUCGAGAACGAGUGAGCGCUCCAGGUCCAGCCUCAACACAUGCUUUAUGACAUGCAGCUCCAUCAAGCGUCUCUUUUUGGCUCUUUCUAUCCACUUUUUUGCUGGCCACUGUUUUUUAUGCUUCCCUAAAGGCCAUUUUAUGUUUUCUUCUCAAAGAAGCAUGCUGUAAACAUCACAGUAUUGAAGUCAAACACAAAGAUGUUUAUGCUGAUGAGAACACAACGAAGUCCUCCCAGCUCCUUCUUCAGACAUCGGUGUAUCUUUUAAAGGAAUAACAUGCACUGCUGUGUGUCAUGUUUUUAGCUUCGCCAUCUUUGAUUCAGUGUUGAUUUUAGCUGGGACUCUCACUUCCUUCUCAUGUUCGGGGGAAAAUGGCAUUCAAAGCAAGUGUGUCGUCAUUGUUGAUAUCAUGUCAGUCGUUUUCUCUGCUGGCCAAUGACAAAUAAAGGUUUCAUACACAAGUCUGUUCUUAAACUUGAAACUCAGUUUGAACCUAUGUAUUGAUUCCGUGUGUUGUUUUUGGUAGAGACAUGCUUACACCACCCAAACCUCGGCAGCUGCGAGGGAAUGACAUCCAGAAUACAUCUGACUCGUCCAGCAUUUGCACAUUUGCGAGAGCUUCAUCAACAACUGAGCUCAGGUCUGAACAGGGCAGAAGUAAGUGGAGCUUCCUCAGUUAACGUUUCUGUGUGUGGGGGCGCGGCUUGCAGCGUGAUUGACACCUCUGUUGGCCACUGGAAAUUCAGACCCAUCGCAUAUCCUUCCAAUCGACAUCCGCGGGGAUGGAAAACCAGAGCGAAAACUCCAGAAAAGUCAUCUCAACUGCGGUGAAGCUGAGACCCGAGCAGGAGGAAGGAGCGGGUCAAGGUGUGGAAAAUAGAAAAGGCGGGAAGUGAAGCCGAGGAGCGCGCUGAAGAUGGUUUGACGGUGCAGCUACAAUAUUUCCAGUGCGCCCUUAGCAUAGACUUUACGACAGACACGCGGCGACACAAAUGACGGCACCAGAUUUUCACAAUAAAAGGAGGGCUCGCGAUGGCAGACCUUCGGUGACAACCAAUAAACAAUUUGAAUACAUAAAAGAGAUUCGUGUGAAAACAUUACCGGGAAAUAGAAAGAAAGAAGGUUGAUAUCAUCAUCUGUCCUCGUCGAUCAUCUUAAAAUGUUAUGGUCUGGGGGGGAAAAAACGUAGAGUGCGAAUAUCCCACAAUGAUAUUGAGAUAGUUGAGCAAAAGGACCGGAAAACUUAACAUUCACGCUAAAAUUAAACUCAAAAUAUCUCUUUUGGAUUGAAAAAGUAUCUCGAGCAUCCAGUUGAGCGCGACGAUUCUUCACCCAGU